AAAUUUUAUAUUAGUUUUUUUCUUCAUUAUAAAGGCAAAAUGAAGAUAAUAAAGAAUGGCUCAUGUCUUAUUACCUUGUGAUAUGCCAAGCUGGAUCGAUGUACAACGUCAUUUGAGUCAUUUACGUUUGGCCCGAAAUCCCGAUGAAUUAAUCGCUGGAAUGCAAAAGAUUUAUGGUAUAUGUAGUAUCAAUUUAGAUCCGGAUGAGAUGGCCAAUUCAUCAGAUCCUUCACGUUUUGAAGCUUUCAGAUCUUACUUAACAGAUUUACCUGAAACAGAUAAAACGAAAUUUUUUAAAAUUAUUUUGCCGAAUUUAGUUAAUAAUGCUGUACGCUUGAAGAUGUUAAAAUCCCUUGAUGGAUUUCAGUUUUCAUUGCAACAAGAAGAUAAAAUGAUAUGUAUGGAUCGUAAAUUUGCAGCGUCAUUAAUAGCAAAUGCAUUUUUUUCAACAUUCCCUAAAAGGACUUACAAAACUCAUCCUACUUUACAAGAUUUUAACUUCGGUGAUUUCUUCGUACAUCUGAAGAGGCCAGAGCAACAACAAAAAUUAAGAUACUUUUUAUACUAUUUUGAAGUUAUGGAUGCUGAAGAACCUAUAGGAAACAUUAAAUUUUACCGUCAGUCACUACGACCGACUUUGAAUCUUCCAUCUUGGUUAUGCAGCGAGCGUCCUUUAUGUCCUCUUGUAGUAAGAACAACGGGAACUUCAGAACAAGCAGAAUCAUCAAUAUACAGAACUUGUUUCUGUAGCUCAAGACUUGGAGGAGAAGUUCUUAAGAAUGGUACUAAUAUGGAAUCAAUAAAUUUCUCUAGAAUGCCAGAAUUAAUAGCAACUAUGAGUUUUGUCGAAUGUCUUUGCGAAAACGAAGCAUUAAUUGCUGAAGGCAUUAUAAAUAUAAAAGAAAGUGAAUUAAAUUUGUUAUAUACAGAAGAAGUGGAUGUAUGCUUGAUGGACGCUAAGAAUUAUUCCAAACAUCCAUCUAGACAAUUUGAGGAUAGAAAUUUGUUAAGAGAUAUGAAUAAAGCUUUCAUAGCUUUUAGUCAACCGUUAAGCAGGUGUAGGCCUGCUCCUGUUGGACAGAGUUUUAGUUCAAGUACUUGUCCGGAAUUUAGGAAUCAUUCCGAAUCUCCCCCAGUAGCGCCGACUCAAGAUAUGGGUAUAUUAAUAACUUCAGAAAUGCUCUCAUUGAAUGAAGUCGUUAACGAAAAGAAAUGUAUUACAAAACAAUUUCCUGAGCCAACAAAAACUGUCAAAGUUUCUUCAAAAUCAAACCAAUCUAAUAAACUUUCUGGAGAAAUCGGGAAACAUGUUUAUAUUCCAUCCACAUCCUCAGUAACUAGUCAAAAUAGUGAAUACAUGGAUACUGUAGAAUCAUUAUCGCGGAAAGGAUCUUCUAUAGCUCAAAGACCUCUUGCUUUGAUGAAAACUGGAUCUAAAAGAGUAUCAACAGAAAAAAUUCCAAGGAGGCAAAGAAGCCGAUCUGUUGGAGCAAUACCUUCGGAGAUAUCUUUGGAAGAAGAAUAUUUCACCGCAUCUGAAAGUUUUGAAGAAUACGAUGGUAUUUUAAAGUUAAAAUAUAAAUUUAAAGGGGUGUCUAAAAGAGAUUAUUUAGAUGCAAGUUUUCGUCAAAUUUCGGAUGAUUCUAGAUAUUCCAGAUCAGAUUCAAUAGGUUUUGUUUUGGAUGGUGCUAGCGAAGACGAAGAUUCCAUGCCUUUUCUUAGCAAACAUGAACGGUAUGAAGAUUUCAGAAAAAGAAUUAGGAGAAGAAGCAGAAGAUUAUCAAAGAAAGGUAGUCGAAGUUCUUGGUUAAGUUCCAGUGGAAGUAGUGACAUGGAAGAUAUCAUGGAAGAUUCUGAACUUAGCGCUGGAUCUUUAAGGCAGUCGAAUUCAGAACCAUCUUUAUUUAGUCCGUCCAUUGAAGAAAAUGUCUUUUUUCCUCCAAUAGCCCUACCUUUAGAUACCGUUUCUAUGUCUUUAGGCAAGAAAAAAGUAAUGGUCACAGCAUCUAAUGGCCAGUUAAAAGCUUAUUCUUAUGACGGAGUUAAACCUAAUUUGCCUGUACCGUUUAAAGCAAAAUUUCGAACACGACGAGGCUCAGCGGGAAGUGAUGAAGAAAUGUUUCAUUCUCUAAGAGAUCCUCCCUCUUUAUGGAAAGAAUCUUCUAGUGAGGAAGGAUCUCUAAAAGAUGCCAAAGAAGAUAUUUUUGAACAAAAAUCUUCUAGUUUUUCAUCUAUUCUAUCAGAAAACAAGUCGUUGAGAGAUUUUUUAAUAACGAACAGCGAUGGAAUUCGUGCAGUGGCUACUGGUAAUUGGGGUUAUGAACAACAGAACUGUGACGUACAGCUAAAAGCUAUCAUACAAUGGCUAGCUGCAAGCAUGGCUAAACUUCCUUGUCUAGUUUACUACACAGAAGGAGAUGCUCAGUUAACAAAAUUAGAAAAAGUGAUCAAACGAUGCCAAAAAUUGGAAUGGAAGUUGGGAGACUUGGCUUGCGAAACUCUUCGGUACUGUCGUAAUAGACUCUCAGGAAAAGGUGGAAAUGGAAGAUCGACUUCUAUUUUUACCCAACUCUUGGCUGGAGAUACAUUUCUCAGUCAAGAUUCUUUGGAAUGACAAAAUCUUCCCUUGUAUAGAAUCGAUUCCAUUUGCGAUACGUUUUUAUACGACCCUGUUUUAAUGAUUGUUAAUAAGAAUUCAGUAGAUUUUCUUGUACGAAAAACAAUAAUUUUAAGUAUUAAAUUAUUUUCUUUUUA